AUGGAUUAUUACACAAAAGGACCUUAUGAUAUCAUGAUGAAUAGACCUUAUGAUGCAAAUUGUGUGUAUGACAAGACCAAGAAAAAAAUGUUUAAUAUUCUUGGUAGAGACCAGUUUCAUCAAAAAAGUAAUCAAAACAUUUUUCGAGAAACAACUGAUCAAAUAUGUACUAAACACUCUGUUCUGCCAUUAUGCGCCAUUCACCCUAGUUUACUAGUUUGCUCAGCAACAAUAAAAAGUAACCUUGAAACAAAAAGUAGUACACCAAUAAAAAUCAAUAGCGACUCAUUCAAUUCACCAGGCAGAGUUUUAAAUGAAACAAAUUUAGCAAACAUUUCACAAGUCGAAGUUUUAAAGCCUAUACUCAGUAACAGCAAACAAAAUGUACGUAGAAAAAUCUCUUUUGUUCCUUCAACGUAUUACGAAAAUCAAGAAGAAAAUAAAAUUAACAACAGAAGAUUUAGCACUGUUUCCAAUAUUUUGCGACGCAGAGGUUCAAAUACCAAUUUAAAAGAAGAUAGCAGCGAAAAGAACAGAACACGGUUUUUCAGUUCACCUUCGAUACUGCAACUGUCUGUUAGUUUACCUCCGUAUAGCAAUCAGCAAGAAAUUCUCGACUAUCUACAAAAAAAUAUUCAGGUGCACAAUUGCAAAAAGAUAAGAAGCGUGUUAAAAAAAAAAUUUAACUUUGGUAGUUAUCCAAAUUCUUUAAUGCACGACGCUGCAUUCAAGUGCUGUGAAAAGUGUUUGAAAUCGUUAAUAAAAAAUGGUUGCUCUAUUUCCCAAAAGGACGAUUCUGGGUUUAUACCAUUACACGCUGCAGUAAUGGGAGAAAAUAUCCCCGCCGUAACAUUUUUAUUAGAACAUAGUCCACAUGUUAAUGAGACCUCAAACGAUGGUUGGACUGCAUUGCAUCUUGCAGUUAUGCUAAACAAUUUGAAAAUUGUCCAUUGUAUUACUAUGCAUGGAGGAAAUCCUUAUUUAAUAAGCAAUUUACAGACUACGCCGUUUAAAUUAUGCAUAGAAAAAAAGCGAACAUUGUAA